AUGGCGUCCGCAGAAGUAUGUCCCGUAGUAGGAACUACAAACCACACUCUCCCGCCCGCACACCCGAAGAUCGACCUCUCGCAGCCGGGUCAGACCUGUCCCGUCGUCGGAGCCAAAUCCGAGCACCACACGAAGCUCCACCAGCACCCCUCGCUCCCCAGCGACGAAGUGUCUUCCGCAACGACCAGAUCCGUCGGUUCGGCCGACGCCCAGGCCUGUCCCGCGCUGAGAGGCGUCGUUAACGAGCCUAAGAGCAAGGAGAUGGACGACCGCGUGUGUCCCGUCGUCGGUCCCGUCACGACAGUUCUACCGCCCCAUCACCCUAGUACAGCCAACAAGGACGACAGCGAGAUCUGCCCUGUGACGAAGGCGAAGGUAGGGCAUCACAAGGACAAAGUUAUUGUUCAUCCAGAGGUCGAGGGGUCUUCUGGCGUAUGCCCGGUGACUGGAGCGAAGCAAGAAUGA